AUGGCACUGCUCUAUGCUGUCAGCUCGAGAGGUCAGCAGCUGUCAGAUAAAAUAUCACGAGCGAGAUUUGUACAAGUUCAGUUGAAUUUAAUUCGUGAAUUUUUUGAUCGUAUCGUAUUGUCAGCGCGUUAUAAACCUGAAGAUGAAGAUUCAAAUGAUCACUGCUACUCAGCAAAGAAUAAAACUGAGAAAAGCAGUUCAAUGUUUGGGAGUUUAUUUUCACCUAGUAGUCGUUCUUCUAACCCUCAGUCGAAAGUGAAGAAAGUCUCGAUCAUUAACCAACUCUUCAAUUGUUUUAUUGAUGGUAUUGGACAGAAUCGAUCUUCGCGUUGGAUAUUGGCACUGAAUGCAAUGAAAUGUUUUCAUGAUGUCAUGUUAGAGUGGGCAAAUGAUCAAUAUUAUGUAACGUUUUGGGAAGAUUUAACUACUCGUGGACUGCUGCAAUUUGGCGACCCUUGGCUAGUAGAUAUUGGUCUAAGUGCUUCAACCAGAGAUAUAAUGUCAAGCGAAUUACAAGAAUAUGAAUCUCAAAAUAAAGCUUUCAAUGAGUUGUGCUCUUCUGAUAGCCACCUUGGUUUACAUGGUGGUGUUUUCAGUCAGAUGUUACGAUUAUACCACGAUGAAAUAAAGAAAAUGAUACAAGAAACAGUAGACUUGGUACUAACAGAUUUAAAGAGUAAAUCUGUCAUGUAUUUAAGCAAUAUGAGAAGUGAAAUUUCUAACUUAACGAUGUCAACGAACGCAUCAGUGUUUUUUCUUGCACUACGUGAUUGGUUAUAUCACUUAUCGGAGUCGUUGCAUCCGAAACUUUUCUCUCAAGUAUGGAAGGAAAUAGCCUAUCAGUUGGAUGAUUAUCUUUAUCAUAAGCUCAUUUUAUCGAACCGAUUUAGUCCUCUUGGAGCUGCUCAACUACGUUUCGAUCUUAAAAACUAUUUAUAUACAAUGUUCAGUCUAUACACUGAACGUCCAGAGACAUUCUUCUUUCAAACUUGUGGUGCGUGUAUUCUAUUAAAUUUAUUGCGUGGAACAGCCGAACUUUUGAAGGAAACUCUUAUAGAAUCAAUGAGCGCUAAACAGAAAAAUGAUAGCAAUCCACUCGGAUCAUUGAUUGAGUUAGGAGUUUAUAGACUGACUCCGGAAGAAGCCCUUCGUAUUUUAUCUUUACAAGUUGUUCCAGAAUGA